CACACCCAACAACAUAUUAAUCGCAAUUUAAUGAGCGGAUUUCUUCAUCAACAUUUUGGCGCUGAAUAUGAACCGGUUAUAACGUUUGUGGAUUCACCACCAAAUUCUGAAGAAUCUUGGCCGGACGAUCAAUCGAAGGGCUCACCAGGACCACAAAUAAUUGACGUCCAAACUAUCUAUUCUCAAAGUGGUUCACGUAAAAGGCGAAUGGAUUGGGAUCCAUUGGAUUUGGGACAGAGUGAAAGCAAUGCUUCUCCACCAACUGUUGAAAUACCAAAUAAAUUAGCGGGACAUCCAUUGGCCGCCGAUGCUAAGGAUAAAGGCUAUAAAAGGGAGAAAUUGAGUAAUG